UUACCAAUCAGUUCUGAGGAAACCUGGCGUUCUGAGCUCACUGUUGAUGGUGUGCGGCCCGUUUCAGUCGAGCUUGAUUGGUCACUUGGUGAUCCAGAACAACAAGAUGUACUGGUUGGUGCUGACCUGGUACAAGCUUUCCGACCACUUGCUCCGAUCCUUUGGCCGGCCAGCAGUCUUGACCAAUCUAUCUCACCUGGAGCGAGCUCUCCAGGGAAAACUCCAGCAAAUGCACCGGACAGAACAUUGCCAGGCCUUGCAAAUACUAGGCUUAAAAUGACUGGUAGACAAAGUGAGACUCUGGAUGAGGCCGUUAUGAGAUCCGGUUUUAUACCUUUCAGCUGA